UGUGGCAAGAGUAAUUGUAGUCACUCACGCAACUCCUGAAUCCCACUGAGGUGGUGUGAAUGGUCAAAAUGAGAACGGAGGGUGGAUAGACUUGAAUAUAUAGCAAGGUAAGUUUUGAAUGUUUAUUUAGACUGUUAUGUCGAUUCUAACAAUAUUAUUUCUUGUAGCGACUACUUUUCAAACUGUUCAUUCUUCAACUAAACACUACUAUUUUACUGUAGAGAAUAAGACUAUCACUAGACUCUGUCGAACCAGAACGAUUGUUACUGUGAACGGCGAGUUUCCAGGCCCGCAAAUUGAAGUAGAUGAAGAGGAUAGAGUGAUUAUUGAAGUAACAAACAAAGCGAGUUCUGGCAUCAGCAUUCACUGGCAUGGUGUGUAUCAAAAGCGGACAUGCUGGUUCGAUGGUCCGUCGUACGUCACACAGUGUCCCAUUCAGCCUGGAAAUUCCUUUACGUACAACUUCACGGUUGUUGGUCAGCGGGGUACCUUAUGGUGGCAUGCACACGCAGGCUGGCUCAGAGCUACCGUUUACGGAGCUUUUAUAAUACAGCCUAGUUCUAAUCCUCUCCCAGAGGAGCACACUAUCAUUCUUGGUAUGUCUAACUUCUUUGCGUAUUUCUUACAUGAUUUUCCAGGACAAUGGUGGAACUCUGAUGUUUCUGCGAUGGUGGACGAAGCUACAGCAGCUGGUGUACCACCAAACAUAUCAGAUGCAUUGACGAUAAACGGGCUUCCCGGCCUCCUGUAUGGUGGGUGCUCAGAGUCAGAUACCGCUCGUGUAAGGGUAGCAGAAAGCAACACACAUCUCCUGCGCCUUGUCAACGCUGCAAUGCAGAUCGAGAUGUUCUUUGGUAUUGCAAAUCAUACCCUUGAAGUGAUCGAGAUCGACGCCUCGUAUGUUAAACCUUUUAACACGAGCACAGUGGUAAUCGGACCAGGCCAGAGCAUGAACGUGCUGAUCACUACUGGAAGUGACGUCGGUUCAUACCUUAUGGCUGCCCGAGCAUACAGUGCGGCUCCGAGUAUACCUAUUGACAACACGACAAGUUCCGCAAUACUCGAAGUUGGUGACUCGUCCGACGUUCCGGCAGAUUUACCAGAUCUUCCUGGCCACUUCGACACAGCUUUUGUGACAGAGUUUGAGGACAAGGUACUGGGGCUCGUCGAGGGGGCGGUUCCUACAGAAAUCGACAAAGAGAUGGUGAUAACGGUGUCGAUGAACGUCCUCGACUGUCCUCCGGACGCAUCAGAGGAAAGCUGCCAGUUUUUUGAGGGGCGGGCCGGAGCAUCCAUGAACAACAUAAGCUACGUCCAUCCGAACACCUCCAUACUCGAGGCUUUCUACACCGGUGCCAGUUCUGGAGUCUACACCACCGACUUCCCACAGUAUCCUCCUGUUGUUUUCGACUACACUGGGCCUCCGCCUGCUAAUCUCAACGCUGUCCGGGGAACUAAGGUGCACGUUGUGGAGUAUGGAACGAGGAUGCAGGUUAUUCUUCAAGGGACAAGUCUUGUGGUAGCGGAGUCUCACCCCAUGCACCUCCAUGGUUUCGACUUUUUUGUGGUCGGACGUGGGCUUGGGAACUACAACUCGUCACUGGCUUCGACGUUUAAUCUCUGGGAUCCUCCUAAGCACAACACGGUACAGGUUCCAGCGGGAGGGUGGACUGCUUUGAGAUUCUUAGCUACUAAUCCAGGUGCUUGGUAUUUUCAUUGCCAUCUUGAUUUCCACCUCUCGGUGGGAUUGGGCAUCGUGCUUAUAGUCGAGAAUGGGGAUGAGCCCUCGGAACAACUUGUCCCUCCUCCUGUCAUGCCUGCGUGUUAAGAUGUUUCGAGCUCGUUAAAGCCGUAUAUUUUCUACCUUGGAGGUCAAAAGGGCAUAUCGACCGAAACACUGACCAGAACUCACUAUGAUCUACUCGCGCAAGGAACUACCAGUUUGAUCCUUCGUGUUUAUUUUCUUUAAUUUUUCUGCUCUCGGCCUCAGCAGCGAUGAUCUAUAGUUAUAAAUAUGUAUUUAGUGGAUUCUCAGCCAGACUUACCAAAGAACAAGCUGACGAGUUAUCCAGUACGUGCUGGAAACUUCAGUCUAAUCUAAACAGUUUUUGUCCUGAUCUGUAGGAAUGCCGGAA